GUUUAAUUCUGUUAUUGCAGAAGAGUAUUACUUUUUUCUGUUGACGAUUCUGUAUGUCUUGGAAGAUGAAGAUGUCGAACUGGGUUUCACUACCAGCAGAUCGGAAGAGUAGAUCGUGCCUCCUUUGCGGUCUCCUCCUUGCUGCAACUUUGAUAUGUUUAGCUUUUUUCACUGGGGAUGCAUUUACCACAGAUAAUAAAGAAAGAUUGUCAAGAUGGGUAAUGGUUGAUAGCAUUCAGAAAAACACAAAGUCUAAUGCGUGCAAGAAUCCAUGCAAGCCCUAUGGAAGUGAAGCAUUGCCAAUGGGCAUUAUUUCUGAGCUGUCUAACUUGGAAAUGCAGCCAUUAGGGGACUCGCCAAUGAAAAAGACGAGUGCAAAGCUGUCAAUGAACUUGUUGGCCAUAGCAGUUGGAAUAAAGCAAAAAGAAAAUGUAAAUCAAAUGGUUAAGAAGUUUCUCUCAAGUAAUUUUGUUUUGAUGCUGUUUCAUUAUGACGGUGUGGUGGAUGAAUGGAGGGAGUUUGAAUGGAGUGAUCAAGCUAUACAUAUUUCUGCUACUAAUCAAACUAAAUGGUGGUUUGCCAAGCGUUUCUUGCAUCCAGACAUAGUUGCUGAAUACAAUUAUAUUUUUCUAUGGGAUGAGGACCUUGGACUAGAAAACUUUCACCCAGGACGCUAUUUAUCGAUCAUCAAAGAUGAAGAGUUGGAGAUUUCACAGCCAGCACUAGAGUCAGGGGUGCAUCAUCAAAUUACUAUGCGUGGGAGGAGGUCAACAGUGCACAGAAGGAUUUUUAAGUCUAAAGGUACGGGGACUAAGUGUGACAGUAACAGUAGAGAUCCUCCAUGCACAGGGUACAGGUGGGUAGAAUUGAUGGCACCUGUCUUCUCAAGAGCAGCUUGGCGCUGCACAUGGUAUAUGAUCCAGAACGAUUUGAUUCAUGCAUGGGGCUUGGAUAUGCAGCUCGGUUACUGUGCUCAGGGUGAUCGAACCAAAAACGUUGGAGUGGUGGAUUCAGAAUACAUAGCUCACUUGGGCUUACCUACUCUUGGAUUGACAUCUAAAGACAAGGCACCGUCUAAGUCCCGUGGAGUGAAAGAUAGCAGAUAUCACGUGAGAUGGCAAUCAUUCAUUGAACUGGAGAUCUUCAAGACUAGAUGGAGGAAUGCAGUUAAGGAGGACAAAUGUUGGAUUGAUCCAUAUCAACAAUCAACUAAUCAGAGUAGCUUUUAGUGUAUAUUUUUACUCUUUUAAAUUUCGACUGGGUUCACAGUUAAUGCAACACACAUUAACUGGAUUCCGCUGAUGGACGUCUUCUUAUUGGAUGGAUUGAACGGCGACCCACCCCAAGCAGCUGAUUAGCUACAGUCUUGUUCUAUUUUAUUGACAGCCUAGGAUUCAGGCUAUUCUUUUGAGGGGUUGCCAACAUGUAGUAUGCUUUAUUUUUGGUGAGUGUCUAUAAUUUGAUCUGUUGUAAAUGGGAUCAUUGUAAUUCUGUCAUCAUUCUUUGCAAUUCUAAUGCAUAAGCUUGUAAUUGAGCAGUGAGCUAGAA